AUGUUAGACUACCGCGUGUUCUCCAUCAUGAAGGGAACACCAGGGACCCGUACGCGCCACACAGUAACGAGUGAUAUAAACAAUCAUCCACAAAGUGAUAUAAACAGUCAUCCACCCAGUGAUAUAAACGGUCAUCCACCCAGUGAUAUAAACAGUCAUCCACCCAGUGAUAUAAACAGUCAUCCAUCCAGUGAUAUAAACAGUCAUCCACCCAGUGAUAUAAACAGUCAUCCACCCAGUGAUAUAAACAAUCAUCCACAAAGUGAUAUAAACAGUCAUCCACCCAGUGAUAUAAACAGUCAUCCACCCAGUGAUAUAAACAGUCAUCCACAAAGUGAUAUAAACAGUCAUCCACCCAGUGAUAUAAACAGUCAUCCACCCAGUGAUAUAAACAGUGCAAAAGCAAGCUCACACCAAAAAAAUAUAAUAGAGUAA